GUUUAUCGCUUAUCGGUAAACCGUUUUAUGAGUCUGGGUGGUAUCUUUACAGUUCAAUUUUUUUUACAUUUUUAUUUUAAAUUAUUGUUGCGCAAGUAAAAAAAGUGUAAGUUUUAUUGAUGAAAGUGAACUUGCAAAGAUAAAUCUGUGAAAAAAUUUAGGGUUCAGAAAUUCCCUACCUGUUACUUGUUCUUGUUUACUACCUGUUGUGAAGUUUCGGUUACACCUGUUUCGCCGUGAUUUUUUAAAAGUGAAGUGUUUAAAAUGACUGCGUUGUCUUGGAAGAAAAUAGAAGAUGAAAACGGGUUUCCUUAUUAUUAUAACAAGUCUUCUGGUGCUAAGCAAUGGGACCACCCUAAAUUUAGUGAAAUUGGACAAAGACUUGAUGACUGCAAUUAUGUUAAAUAUUCAAUCUAUAGAGUUGCUCUAAAAUUUAGAGUUUUACAGAAUGCUUUGUAUAUGGAUGAUGUUCCUCUAUCCAUAAUAGCAGGAGUUUUUGAACGACACAGAUUGGGAGCCAAUGAAAGUUCUCUUUGUCUGGAAAGUUGCGAGUUGGAAGCUGUUCUAUCGGACAUUUAUUUUGCUUCUAACAAAAAAAAUCAUACCAACAUUGACGUAGAUUUUGCUACAGAAUUGAUGCUUAACUUUUUAUAUAAUGUAUAUGAUAGACACAGGAAAGGUAAAAUCCAAGUACUAUCCAUAAAACUGACAUUGGCAAUUCUUAGUAAUUGUGAAGUUAAAGACAUGUACAGAUAUAUAUUUCAACAAUGUGCUGACCACAAUAAUUGCAUCACUCGACAACGACUUCAGUCGUUUUUAUCAAAAAUAAUUGAAGUCACUACAUAUUUACACGAAGAUGCAAGUUAUGGCACCAAACUUAUUAAUAUUUCGCUAGAAAACUGUUUUAUGAAUUCUCCAGGUUUUGUCGGUAUCAACGAAUCAAUGUUCAUUUCAUGGGUCGACAACAAUCCAAAAAUUUUGUCAUGGAUGCCAGUUCUUCAGAGAAUUAAAAUAGCAGAACCAGCACUACAUUCUGUCAAAUGUACAACCUGUAAAACGAAUCCAGUUAUGGGUUUACUCUACAAAUGCACUAAAUGUAGGAGGUACACACAAUGCCAACGAUGUUUUUUCACAGGAAGGACUACUGAUUCACACAAGCUAUCCCAUCCGAUGAGAGAAUACUGUACAUUGGUGGAAGAAACGUACAGUAAAAGUAAGAUGCUGAGGAAAAUUUGUAGUAUAUUGAGGUGUUCACACAAAAAUGAAUCAGUUUUUGUAGACACGAAACCAUUGAGUAGUGAUCAAGACUGCGUUGUUACUACAAACAAGCAGGAAACUUGUGAUGUAAAACCAAUGUCAUCUCCGAAUACCCAACUGAAACUCGUGAUAAAAAGAUUGGAAAUGCAGAAUAAAGAGUUACAGCAGUUUUUGUAUACAGACAAUUUGAAGGAGAAGGAAGUUUUGAGGUAUUUAGAAGAACAUAGGAUACACAUAAAUGCACAAAUCGAGAGACUGAAAACACUAACGAAUUGCCUGCAUUCGAAGAAUGCUUCACCAGAACUGACGUUAAGAAAAUCAACGAAAAAAAGACUAGUCGAAUCGACACCAGUUGCGAGAAAUAAUUAUAAACAGAAUCGUUGUGGUACUAAAAGUAUGGAUAUGUUAAGUCCAAUAGUAUCGGGUUCUGAAAAUUGUACUGCAGAUGAUAAUUUCGAUAUUCAAGAAAGUGUGGACCAAACAAGUGAAAAUUUGACAGAAACUAGGAGUGUCGCUUAUGGAAUCGAUGAUAUGAGUACGUGGAUAGGAGGUCAACCCAAAAAUCAAACCAGCACAUUCAAACCUGCAUUGUCAAAUUCAAAACCAAAACCAACACCUGGAGAACUUCACAGUGACCUGGACGAAGCUCUGGCUAAGCUGCAACAAAUACUUGCUAAUAACUUUUGUUUAGAUGAGUCUUUGGGACACAUUGACAACACGAAUUUAAAGUAUGCCAUGUCUGAAGUUGAGGGAAUGCUGACAUCUUUUAUCGAUACUGUUGAAAACAGUAGAGCAAGUUCUGUGAGAUCGAAGAAAAGAAAUGAUGAGCUUGGAAUAGCAGUUUAAGAGUAAUCUAGAUUUUAAUUUUCUAUAUUCUGUGGUAUUGUUUUUAUUUUGAGCUCAAAACAUAAUUAUGUAGUUAUAUGUGCAAUACACAAAUAUAUAUAUAUAUAUAUAUAUAUAUAUAUAUAUAUAUAUAUAUAUAUAGGUAUAGUUCUUUUACUACAAAAAUACGCUUACGUCAUUCAAGAUUUCUGACGUCAGAGCAUUGUCAAAACAUUAGAAUAGGACUGUUCAUCAUGGCCAUGUUCCUCGUACAGUGAGAAAGUAUGCAUCAUUACUAGACAGAGAUAUUUUUCUUUGUUCUUGUUUACUGUACAAAUAGUAUAUAUAAUUCUUUAUUCUAAUUCAUGAUGUCAAUCGGUUUUCAUUACUUGCCGAAAUAUAUUAAUUAACAAUCAGUAUAAUGAAUAGAAUAGAUCAUUUUAAGGCUAAAAAUGACAGAUGCAUAAUAUGUAGGUAUGUACUGAAUAGUAUUUAAUACGAGUAAAAUCUUGUAGGUAUAAUACAAGAAGGUGUAUAAAGAAAUAAAGGCUUUGUUUACUUUAUUAUUAUUUAUAUUACUAACCUAACCUAACAUUUAAAAAAUAAAAAAAUACUAAAUUAUAGUUAUUGAAAUAAAAAUACGAAAAUAAAGAAUAAAGUGUCUCAGCUAGCAAAGGAAUUUUUUGAAGUUAUACAUCUUUACAAUCGAGAGUGAAAUUUUAUAAUUCCCUGGCGCAUGUGCAGACAGACAGUAUGUGGUUCGUUGCUAAUCUUUCAAAUUAUGUAUGUAUCAGCGCAAAUAAGUCAUUAAAAGAAUAUAUUAGUGUUUUUAGUAAAUGUAUUAUUUAUUAUACUUUUGUGUCUUUGGAUUUGUCUUCCUCGGGAAUAAAAUAUUUUAUAAUAAUAGUAAGUAUAUUUACUUUAAAUUUUAAAGUAUUUUUAUACUUCACUGGGUCUAUUAAAUUUGUCAGUAUGUAUGAGAAAUCUUGUAACCUGUCAAAACAAAGGGAGUAUAGCUCAGUGGUAGAGCGUUCGUCCGGAGAUCGAGAGGUCCCUGGUUCAAAUCCGUGUGUUAUCUAACUUUUUUUUUAUUUUUGGUAGAUAUUGUUUUAAUAAAAAUUUUUGGAAAAUAGUAAGUAAAAAUUGGUUUAAUCUUUAAAUAAAAUACAAAUAACCUGUUGAAAGUAUAUUUAUUUCGUUGAAAUCAAAUAAUAGAAGUAUAACUUCUUACGUGCGUACAAAGUACACACACACAUUCUUUUUUUAUUCGAUUAUUGUAAUGCCUGUACCGUUGAUUGAUAAAUAGUAUACCCCUAUAUUUAUCAAUCAACGCCUGCACUAAAAGAAACAACGAAGCCGUGUUGUUAUGAAGUGGAUAAGGUUGAUACGCGCUAUUCGCGGUGUGCAAGUACUUGGAAGGGAAUUGAGAAACGAUCGUGCGCGAAUACGGAGAAAUAUUGCAACUUUGCAAUUGAAAUUGUCAAAUUGACGUACAUUUCAUAUCUACUGUCAUUGAAGAAGAAAAAUUAUAUGUUGCUCCACAAUAUUGAUAUGAUAUGCAAUUAUUAUAUAAAGGUAAAUUUAAUUAAUUGUAUUUUGCUUGCAGUACUGCAUUUUAAUAACUAAUUUUAUUUACUACAUACAAUUGUUUACGUUUUAAUAACAUAACCUGAAUCUUAUUUUUUCUUCUCAUUAUUUUUUUGGACUAUGGCCUUGACAAUUAUCCAGUAACCAGGACUAAUAUAAUUGGCCAAUAUAAUUAAAAGUGCGAAUAAAGUUGCAGAGCGUAGAAAUAGGUGUCGCUUUGCCGAACUUGCACGGUCCCAAUAAAUCAUUUAAAGACAAUACAUCCUAUUUUAUAACUUUUCCAAAGCCUUUAUUUAUAAACAAUCUCAUGUUAUACCUAUAAUACAAUAUUUUAUUUGUAUUAAGUACUAUUCAGUACAUGCACUUGUCAUUUUUAGCCUUAAAAUAUUAAAUGAUCUAUUUUAUUGAUUAUACACUAUAAUAUUGUUGUUAAUUAAUAUAUUUCGGCAAGUAAUGAAAAGCAAUUGACAUCAUUAAUUAUUAGAAUAAAGAAUUACAGAUAUUAGUUGUUCGAUAAACAAGAACAGAAAAAUAUCUCUGACAAGUAAAGAUGCCUAAUUUCUCACUGUGCGAGAAAUAUGGACAUGAUAAAUAAUGCAUAAAGCCAAAUAAUGUCAUCUUCUAAUGUUUUGGCAACGCUCUGACGUCAGAAAUCUUGAAUGACGCCAGCGUAUUUUUGUAGUAAAAAAAAACAAUACAAUCGUCUUCAUACAAGUAUUAAGUAUGUAAUUAUUUUUUGGUAAUAUCUUGUAAUCGAGAAAAAAUAAUAGUUUUACUCUUAUAGUGACAUAAUUUCGUUUUUUGCAAGUAGUAUGUAAAAAACGGUUGACGAUUUUAUUAAUUAUUAUUAAUUGCUAUAUUGUUAUACUUGGUGCUACAAUGAAGCAUUUUCAUGUCAUGAUCUAUCUAUCUAUAAGCGAGGUUUCUACAGCCUCUGCCGCUUCUCGCACUUCGACUGCCAUCGUUUUCUGUCCAUCCAUUCGUCUUCUUUGAUGGCUCUAUCUUUCAUGAUGUGCCGUCAUGAUCUCAUAACUGAAAACUGACAAUGUUUUAGAUACUUUCAAUUCCUGUACCAAGAUUGCAUUUUUAAGUACCGUAUUUUAGGACAAUCUAGUUUAUCAUCCAUUAUUUAAUUUAAUGAAAUUUAAUCUAAUUUCUACUUAAUUUUACUUAAUUAUUUUUUUUAUUACUUCGUGGAGCAUAGAUUGACCUGAUGACAAAAUGAUACAAUAUUGUCUUCCAGCUAAUGUUGUUUUCUUUUUAUAGAAUAAUUCUGAAUUUCUUUAACCUUUAACUACCCUCGCAUCAAGUUAUAACAUAACUACAUGCGUGGCGUACUUUGUACGCCACAAGAAAAUACACUUAAAAACAGCUGAUUUGUUUAAUU